AGGGUGGGCUCGCGGGGACGGUUUCCGGGUUUCCCUUCCUGGGCUGGGGCAGCAGCAAGAGGCAAAACGGCUCCUGUCGAUUAACAAUCAUUCAAAGUUACGUUCAGGCUUGUUGAUCCAGUAAACAGCAGAGAUGUCUCAGUCUGGAGAGAAAGGGAAGUUCCCCGAUGCAACAGGUUAUGUUGGGUUUGCUAACCUCCCUAACCAAGUGCACCGGAAAUCAGUGAAAAAAGGGUUUGAAUUCACCCUAAUGGUUGUAGGAGAGUCUGGCUUGGGGAAAUCAACGCUUAUAAACAGCCUGUUCCUCACUGAUCUGUACCCCGAACGCUGCAUCCCUGGUGCCGCAGAGAAGAUCGAGAGGACGGUGCAGAUUGAGGCAUCAACCGUGGAGAUCGAGGAGAGAGGAGUGAAGCUUCGCCUCACAGUGGUUGACACCCCUGGAUACGGCGAUGCCAUCAACAGCCAGGACUGCUUCAAGACCAUCAUCCAGUACAUUGACAAUCAGUUUGAGCGAUACCUCCACGAUGAGAGCGGGCUGAACCGAAGACACAUUGUGGACAACAGGGUGCACUGCUGCUUCUACUUCAUAUCUCCAUUUGGACACGGUCUGAAGCCUCUGGAUGUGGAGUUCAUGAAGGCUAUCCACAGCAAAGUAAACAUUGUUCCAGUCAUCGCCAAGGCUGACACACUGACACUGAGGGAGAGGGAUCGCCUGAAGAGAAGGAUCCUGGAUGAGAUUGCAGAGCACGGGAUCAGAAUCUAUCAGCUACCUGAUGCCGACUCUGACGAGGAUGAAGAGUUUAAAGAGCAGACCAGAGUCCUGAAGGCGAGCAUUCCCUUUGCUGUGAUUGGCUCCAACCAGCUGAUUGAGGUGAAGGGGAAGAAGAUCCGCGGUCGUCUCUACCCCUGGGGAGUUGUUGAAGUGGAGAACCCCGAUCACAAUGACUUCCUCAAACUGCGCACCAUGCUUGUCACCCACAUGCAAGACCUGCAGGAGGUCACUCAGGAUCUGCAUUAUGAGAACUUCCGCUCAGAGAGGCUGAAGACAUCGGGAAAGGCUGCGGAUGAGGAUGAGGUGGACAAAGACCAGAUCCUGCUACAGAAAGAGGCCGAGCUGAGACGCAUGCAGCAGAUGAUCGCUCAGAUGCAGGCACAGAUGAAGAUGAAAUCAGACGAGUGAAAGAGUUGCAGCAGAAGGGAAACACACUGAUCCCAACCCUCCCACACACACACAAUUAUAUACGUAUAUACACACACCUCUCUAAAUCCAUCCCUGCCUGCUGUCGCGCUGCAGAUCCACAGAGAGCAAAUAUCUAGGAUCAUCAUUUUUGUAAGCACACCUCUUUCCCUUCUCUUGCUCUUCUUCUUGUUCCCUCCAAACGUCCGUCAUUAUAAUGAAUAUAUCUACUAUUUAGUCUUUGAUUCUAUGAAUAACUCCACCAAGCCGCGAGUGACAAUGGUACUAAGAGUUUUUGCCAACACACUAUCAUGUUUACAAAAGUAUGUAUGAAUUAUGCAUUUCGCUCAAGUCCAAGCUUCAGAUGGCAUAAUAUUCCAUUUUGUUAUCAGGGUAAGACUGUUUUGAACGUAUUUAACUGACCAUUUAGUAAAGCUGUUUGCAACUCAUAUUCAUUUUAGAGUGAUCAUGAGUGAAUCAGUAGCCUCUCGAUAGGUUCAGUGCCUUGAUUGCGUCUGAUAAUGCAAUAACUAUAAAUAUUACUACAUUUUCAGAUAAGUGUGUUUAUAAAUGAGGUUUACUGUCUAUGCAGAGAAUGAGAAAUGCUUUCUUCUUAAUUGUUUUCAACUUUUGUAGCCAACGUUACACACCUACUUCUAAAGUUUACUUUGCUUUAGGCUGGAAAUCUACUAUAUGCAAGUAACCAAACUAAUUGAGUUAGAAUAAGAAACACCACGGCUUUAGGAUCAUGUUAUAGCUGAAGUAAAAUGCCAUGUUGUUAAUAUUUUUGUAUUUAUUAUCAAGAGAUGCAGGAUCUUUAAAGUCAGUGCCAAACUACAGACUGUUCUUACACUAUUCACUCCGGUAACUUAAUGUGUGCAUAUUUGCUUCAGUGAUGUCAUUUAAUGUGUGAACAUAUUAUUUGUACGCUACAUGUGCAGCCUUCCAUCACUCUGUAUUUUGGCUGUCCAAUUUUAAAUCAAGUACUUAAUAUCAACUUACUUAAAAUGUACCUCUUAUGUGUGUAAACACCUUUUGUUUAGCAGUGCCGUCUAACUGUGCUUUGAUUGAUCUGAUGUUGGCAUUAUUGUUUUUUCCAGUCUAUUGCUCUUAUAUACAAAUCUGUCUAUUGAAUAUUAUUUUAAACACACAUACCUGCUAUAUCUUAACUAUAUCUCAGUAUAGACUUGUUUUUAAGACGUAAACAUGUUUUUGUAUUUCUCUCUUGAAUACAUUUGUUAAGAGAAUAAAAAGUUGACACUUGUGAAAUCUGGA